AGAGAGAAGGGUAAGAUGAAUAACAGCAAUAUUGUCCUUUCUCUCGAACUUCUUGUCAACAAAUGCUGGUUUCACUCUGAUGGACUAUUGCGCUGGAUGGCUGCCAUACAGAAUGUGUUUGCCACUCGGCUUCUGGCCGAGCUUCUUGGCCAUGAGGUUGACAGUGGCCUCUUAAAAGAAGAACGACCCAGCAACAACCCACAGACACUGCAUGUGAAAUGUGCCAUAGUUCUGGGCAAGGAAAUUGCCAACUUCUCACAGAAAACUUUGGAUGAAGAUAUCCCACCUCGUUUAUGGAAAGAAAUUUCAGCGUACAUGUGUCCUUGGACUUUAAUUAAGCUUGGUGAAGAAUUCCUAUUAAAGAAAGGUGUCAAUGUUGAUGAAUGCUGGCAAGCUCAUUACAAUAGGCGUUGGCCUUGGAAAUACAGUCGCAGUGCUUUAGAUCUCUUGGAUCGACACAACCUUACUCACAAGCAACUCUACAUUGAUCGGCACUUUAUGAAAUUUCUCGAGGAGUAUUGUCGUAUGAAACAUUUAUGUCUUGAAAGAGUUUUGAGUCACGACUUCAUGUGGUGUUCUGUAUAUGAAUAUGACCCUAAAGUCACCUGUUACCUUCCAAAACAUGUCCAGGCGAGCAUGAAGACUGACACAAUGGCAACACGAGUGUUAGCUCUUGCACCAUACGUCACCUCCUUGACCUUGAACUCAACCCUGUCUGUAUUUUUAGAAUGCCAUUUAGAAUUGGUUCAUCUGUUGUUAAAUUCAGUUGUCUUGUUACGUGUUCAGUGCCAUCCUGCCAUUACGGAGUCAAACUGUUGUUGGAAUAUCAUAGAAACUUUUCUAAAACAUGGCAAACUUCAGGAAUUUUCCUUAACUUUUUCAAAACGUAAUGAUGGCUUUGUAGGAUUCUUUGAACGUUUAAUGAAAAUUUGUGCUGGCAUUCAUGAUUCUGAAUCGGACACCGUUCUGGAUUCUAGCUUUGACUGUGAUAUAUCUGAUUGUUCCAAGGAUGCGUUUGAUGAACAUUCUGAAAAGAUUGUAAACUCUCUCAAGUGUAAAAGUGUUUAUAAUUUUGAUUCUUCUAUAGCCAAAAAACUGAAACUUCACUCAGAAAAUAUAUAUUUUUAUAACAAUAACAAUGAUAAAAAUAAUAAUAAUGACUCUGGUGAUAAUCUUAAUAAUUGUCAAAGAGUAUUUAAUAAUUCAAAUUCUUUGUUUGAUAGUAUUGGUGCUGUUGAUAAGAAUGGUCACUCUGUGAAUUGUGAAGAUAGUAUUUCUGAUGUUGGUAAGAUGCAGAAAGUUUUAGACCAGAAGCUGCGACGUGAAAAAGAGUUAAAUACCCCAGCGGUGCGUAAUCUUGGUUGCUGUCAGAAGUUCAGAGACAAAGAAGGAAAGAACAAAGAUUCUCUCUUAACAUCUUCUGAAGAAAACUCACUGCUUACUUCGAUGCUUUGGCAUCAAAAUCUUAGUUCACAAAACUCCUCUUCCAGUGAAUCUCAUUGUCAUUCAAAUAUUGAUGCGAGCCCCAAGUCUCGUAAAUGCUUGAAGAGUACAUUCAGUCGGUUUGAUUCCAAAAAUCAUGUUAUCACCACUCAUUCGAAAAACAUGAACUGUCUGAAUAUGUCUUCAAAUCCAUUUAUGAUGAAUUGCUGCAAUUUUAAAGAACAUUCGAUUUCCACAGAUAAGCUUUGCAAGCUUUGCUCCUAUAGAAUGAACAACUGUUUUCAAUCCAUGACUUCUUGCCCACAUUCCAUAAAGUUUGAAACAAAACGGAAGACAUCUUAUUCAGUAUUAACUGCACUUCUCUCAAAUUCUUAUGAUGAACUUGCAGAAGUGAAAAAGCUUCGACCUGCAGAUAGAUAUCGUUACUGUAAACCAUUAGGAAAAGAAUUUGGUUUCUGCUCUUCGACUGGGAAAGAUUCUAUAUCGCCAUUUAGCAAUUCAUGGGAUGAUAAUCUGUCAGGUUCAAGGUCUCUGUGUGAGGAGGAGAACAUUUCUGUUGUGAAGUGUUACCAAAAUGCUGAUGAUCUGUCUCAAAGUGACAAAGCCUCUAAAACAUCUGAUAUAGGUUCCAGUACUGAAAGUGAAGUGCCUAAUACAGAGAGUUCAGCUUCUAUGAGCUCAAGUAACAUUUCAACAGAGACUGAUACAUCUUCUGAUCAAAAUGGCUUUGACUCUUUUAUAGGUAAAAUAAAAGAUGAAAAUGGAAUAUCGAACAAAUCCUGUUUUAAGUCUCCUCCCACUCCCAAAGAAAAGAAAAGAAUGUGCCCUAGUGAAGACGUAAAAUCACGGACAAAUUCAGCUGUUGAUAGUUUCUCUCCUUUGACACCACAACAGCUGGAAUCCCGCCGAAUGUCUUUUGAUAUCUAUGCUGAUUUGGAUGAGGGCAUUUCAGAGGAAGAAACACCAAAUUCCAAAACGGACUCUUCGUUGUCAGAUUCACAGUGGUUGUCUCCUGCAAAUUGUCAGCAUUCUUCUCCAGUAUCAACUCCAGGUAGCACCAAAUCUGACAAUUCGUUGUGGGACCUUUGCUUAGGUUUGUCUAAAAAGACGCAUUCUCUGUCAUCAAAGGGUUUGAAAUCACUGAGGCUUAUUGGUGAACCUAAUCCCCAUAUAGGUGAUAUUUUGAGGGAUGUUCUACCAAUGUGGCCAUCUCUACAAAAGCUUUAUUUGAAUGUAUCUGGACUGAACAAUCCAGAACUUCUUGAUAUCAUCAGUGAUCUCGUGAACAAAAAGCAAUUGAAAGAUCUCAGUAUUAUUGGCUGUGAAACAGAAGAUGGCGUGUUCCGUAGACUUCUGAAUUGUCUACUCAAGAGUUACAGAGAUGACGGUAAGAAAGAAGGGUUGAAUUUACUCAAUAUUCAAAGUUUGGCUGAUCCAAGCAUCACCUGUUCUGCUAUUUUACCUCAAGCUGAACCCCUGUAUGGUGUGAAGACCUUGAUUCUCCGUGAUAAUACUUUUGAUGUGUUUGGUGUGACAGGCUUGCUAAGGAUUAUUACAUAUGACAAUGCACUUGUUAAACUAAACCUCAAAUGUUGCUUCCUACAUGCCUGGAUGGGUCAGUUACUGGCUGCUAUAGCAUCUAAGGGUCAAAUGGAGGAAUUGUAUCUGGGUAGUAACCAAAUUGAAGGCACCCAUCCUGAGCUGGAACUGAUCAAUGUUAUUGACAGUUGUAAAAAUCUGAGGAAGUUAGACUUACGUUCCUGCAGCCUGAGGAGUCAAGUUGUUCUGAGUGAUAGUUUCAUCUCUGCGCUCAGGAACCACAAAAGCUUGGAGUUCCUCUGUCUGAAAGCUAACCGCUUAGGUGUCACUGUCCUGAGCCUUAUUGACAAACUUCAUGACAGAAAGGAAUCUUUUAGCCUGAAGGUCCUUAACAUAAGUGGGAACCCAUUCAACGUUGAAAGAUAUGGUGUGGAUACAAUUCUGAAGACUUACAGAUGCCAGCCUCGAGUUCCUUGGCUGCGAGAACUAAAGAUGAAAUCCUGCUUCCAGAUCAGCAACCGUGAGAAGGAAAAAGAUAUUCACAACUAUAUUGGCAAAUGGAUUUCUGGGUAUGCGAAACACGUCGGCUUUAACAUUGAAGUCUCUUCUUGUGGGUUGCGAUUCGUUGAGUACGCCGAUGCUAACACUGUAGUUUAUAUGUGAAUUGGCCCUUUGUCUCAUUCUUCAGCUUUUAUGCAAAAUACACUUAUCUCGUAAUAAGGGAAUUGAUGCAAUUCUGGUUCUAAAAGAUUAAGUGCCUUUUGCAAUCUCUGAGUAAUCCUUUGUUCCUUCCCUCCCACCAAGUCUCUCCAUUUUAGUAAAAUACAAUUUGUUCCCUCACCUCUACCCUAUCUCCCCAUCCCCCACUGAAACCCCUUUUUUUUUUCUCUUCCUCAAAAGUAAAAUCUUCCCAUAAAUAUAUUUUUUAUUGCACCAUUCUAUAAAAUAACUAUAAAUUUUGAUACAACUUCCAUUGCUCUCUUAGACUAUUUUCUUCUCUUUCACUUUCUUAUCAUGGUUUAUAAUUAACUUCUAUAUCUUUUAAAUAAUAAACAAUAUUGUUCAUAAUGGUAAAAUCCCAAUAAUAAUAAUUAUAAUGAUGAUGAUAACGAUGGCAAUGAUGAUAAUGUUUCCCUGACUUUAUUAUUAUUUCUUAAAUCUAAAGAACAUAUUCUGGGGUUUCACUGACUGCUGCCCUUGUAACUUCACCAAUAAGCACAGUAGUUCUUCUCCACAUGUAUAACUUUGCUAUUAUUAUAUAUAUAUAUAUAUAUAUAUAUCACCGAUAGGUCUAUAGUCCUCUGCACUUGCACACACAUAUACAUACCACACACACACACUUACACAUGCACGCAUACUUAUCAAUACUCAGCAGUACUCUCCUUAACAAUAACCCGCUCUGUUUUUCAUAUAAUCAAUAUCUAAAAACUUGUUAUUUCAGUUAAAUUGCAAUAUGUUGAUUCUGUUCUUAGUUAUCCCCUACCACUACUAUUACUACUAAUACCACUGGAAAAAAAAA